GGCUUUGGAGAGGGACUGACACAGUAAAAGGGGAAAGCUGAAAGCUCUCUCCUGGAACCCCACACACUGCCUGGCCUGCUCAGAUGCUGCCCGUUGGCAAAAGGUCUCUUCCCUUGGCGUUUUCUCAAAGUGGUGCUUCGUGCCUAGGUGGGUCUGGCUGUUCCCUAGUCCGUGCUGGAUGCUCCGACCAUAGUUCCUGGAGAGACACUUGAGAUACCCCUGUUAGCCCCUCUGGCCUAGCAGCUCCCUGUGCAGGUGUGCCCGGGUAACCCUCUGAAAGCAGCUGGUCACAUGGGGCGCUGCUAGACCUUGGACUGGGGGUGGAGGUGAAGAAAGGUCCUGUGAGGAGCUCCUUCCCCUACACAGCCCUUCGUCUGCCCCUUAAACCAUGGGGUGCCAGACUUUCCUUUCGAAGGAAAUUAACAGCCUUUCCUCUCUGUGUGCCCAUGCGAUUCGGCCUCCAAAACUGCAGAGAACAAUUUCUCAGAGCCCACAGCUGCCAAACCAAGAACUCUUGCUGCCCUUGCAGUGCCACGUGCCUCCUGCAGACAGACGUCGACACGCAGCAGGGGUGAGUUUGGUUUUACAGGGAAGAUGGCCGGCGCAGGAUUUCUCCAGGAGCAAAGCUGCCCCCACCGAGAACUCGGGCUGCCCUGGCAGUGCCAAGCACCUUCUGCAGACUGGCAUCAGGAAACUCAGGGGCCUUCUGAAACGUGGAGUCAAGAUUCUCAUCUCUUCCCUUGUGCUGGGACACCCUGCGAAUACCGCCACAUCCCUGUGACCCCCCGUGUCCAUCGCCAUCCGCAUGCGGGAGUUUCCCACCAUGCCCAGCGGCCGGACUACAUCUCCCAGCAGCCCCCGCAGCUCCCGCGCACGCGCGGCGCGGCGGGGCCUCCGCCAUCUUCUCUGCCGUCCAUGAGCAGCGUGAGCGGGGCGGGCCCGGCGGCUCUUAAAGGGGGCACGGCCCGGGGUGGGGCCCUCUCGGCGCGGGAUGGAGCCCGGAGCGGCGCAGGAGCCCGGGGGUCGCCCCCCGGCCCCGGAGUCCGUGCGGCGGCAGAAGCGCCGGGAGCUGGACGCGCGGCGCUCCAAGUGCCGCAUCCGCAUCGGGGGGCACCUGGAGCGCUGGUGCCGCCUCAAGGAGCAGCUCGGUUUCGCCCUGCACUCACAGCUGGCCCAGUUCCUCCUCGACAGGUACAGCUCGCACGGCUGCACCUGGAGCACAGGAGAGCCGGAACAGCUCCAGCCGGCUGCCCUGCAGCGCCUGGUGGUGCUGUCCCACGGCCACGGCCAGGAGUGUGGCUUUGUGCCCGACAUCCAGCUGCCAGCAGCUGGCAGCACGGCAGCCCCGCUGGUCUGGGAGUGUGUGGCCGGCCACCGCUUCUCCUGGGGUGGCUCCGUGGUCCCCAAGAGCCCCUCCUGUGACCCGGCCCAGGGGUGCGCCUCCUCCCCAGGCGCUGGGCGCCGGCGUUCGCUCCGCAGGGCCGCGCUGGGCUCAAAGGAGGCUGGAGAGGAGGGAACAGCCAGGUCACCCCGUGGUGAUGGGGAUCGGGGCCAGGAGAUGGGAGAUGGUGAUGAUGGUGGCACAGCCCCUCAGGUGUCACUGGAACCAGGGCCUGUGGCAGCAGCUGGUGAGAGGUCAUUGUCCAGCAGCUCCAUCCCAGGGGACGAUGCAGAGCCGGGAGCUGAGGCCCGAGAGGAAGAGGAGGAGGAUGAAGAUUUUGCCAAGGGUGAUGACCUGGCCUACACGGAUGACCUGCGUGAUGAGAACUAUCACCCAUCCCUGGACAGCGACUCAGAGCCACAGCGACGCCAGGGCCAGCCCAGGGCUCGCAGGAAGCCCAUCAAGGAGGAGCAGCCCCUGCCCAGCCCUGGACCCUUGGAGGAGAAAAGUGGAUGGGUCAGGCAGCCACGGGCGAGCGACAAGGACGUGGCUCAGAUCGGCCCCAAGAGGAUCAGGAAGGCGGCAAAGCGUGAGAUCCUCCUGUGUGACUUUGAAGGCUGUGGAAAAAUCUUCUCCAACCGCCAGUACCUGAACCACCACCAAAAGUACCAGCACGUGCACCAGAAAACCUUCACCUGCUCUGAGCCCACCUGUGGGAAAUCCUUCAACUUCAAGAAACACCUGAAGGAACACGAGAAGCUGCACAGUGACAAGCGGGAUUACAUCUGUGAAUUCUGUGCACGCUCCUUUCGCACCAGCAGCAAUUUGAUCAUCCACCGACGGAUCCACACCGGGGAGAAGCCCCUCCAGUGUGAGAUCUGCGGCUUCACCUGCCGCCAGAAAGCCUCCCUGAACUGGCACAUGAGGAAACACGACGCCGACUCCUUCUACCAAUUCCCCUGUGACAUUUGUGGCAAGAGGUUUGAGAAACGGGACAAUGUCACCGCCCACAAGAGCAAGAGCCACCCCGGGGGGCUCCCCCAGCCCGAGGGGACCCAGCAGCAGCCCCCGGAGCCCCCCGGGCCCGCGGAGGCCCUGGAGCUGCUGGGGGCUGUGCUGGGGACUGGGGGGGACACAGGGAAGGCCCCACUGGAGUUUGGGGUGGGGGGUGUUGGGGGGGAUCCACCCCAAGGGCAGGGGAAGGGUGAGGGGGAGUCCUAGAGGGCUCAUCCCCCCCCCCCUCCCCCAGUUUGGGGGCUGGAGCAAAAUUUGGGAUGAUGCUGGACCCUCCAGGUGCCAAAAAUACAUGGGACAGGCAAAAUCCCAGUUUUUCAGCCAAAUCCUAGACAAAAUCCCAAGUUUUCAGCCAAAUCCCUUUUUUUUUUUGCCAAAUCCCAGUUUCCCUUGAGCCCAGCAUCAUUGCCACAAGUGGAUCCUCAAUAAAGACUUAUUUUGGGUAAAAGUGGGA